AUGCUGGAGGCGUUGCUCGCCGCCGGUGCGGAGCCCGACGCGGUCGACUGCCGCGGCGUGACGCCUCUCCUCGCGGCGUGCGAGCACGUGCAGACCGAGGCGGCGCAGGCGUCGUUAGCGCUCCUCCGCGCCGGCGCCUCCCUCGACGCCGUCGACGCCAACCGGCGCGGAGAGACGCCGCUGGUCGCCUUCGCCGCGGCGCGCAUGACGGCCUGCUGCGAGCUGCUCCUCGAGGCGGACGGCAGGCCGGACGAGGAGCGCGAGGCGGACGCGUUCCACGCGCUGCGAGGCGCCGCCAGCCAGGGGCACCUGCCGACAGUGCGGAGCCUCCUCGCCCACGGCGCGCACCCCGCUCGCUCGAUCGGCGGCGAGGGGACGGCCAUCCACGCCGCGGCGGCGGGGGGGCACGUGGACGUGCUGCACGUGCUGCUCGACUGGGAUGCUCUUCGCACAACCGACGCGGAGUGGAAGAGCGCGCUGCUGUGUGCCGCGGCGUCCGGCAGCGCGCUCGCGUGCGAGACGCUGCUGGCCGCCGGCGCCGACAUCGAGCAGAAGAACGGCACCGGCGACACCGCGCUGCUGGUCGCGGUCAUGCACGGGAACGCGCACGCCGCGCAGGCGCGUGCGACGCGCCCCGCGCCACGCCGCGGCCCCUCCACCCCCGGGACAGUGUCUCCGCACCGGGCGGGGCGCGACGGCAUCCCCGACGCGCUUCUCGCUGCAACCGCCGCGGGGCACGUCAAGGUUGCCCUCGCGCUGGUAGAGCUCUGCCCGCUCGCCACGCCGCCGCCGCUCGAGCCGGACGCAGCCGCCAGCGCGUCGGCGCAGGUGCUGCAGGCCUUCUGGCGGCGCUGCUACGAGGAGGCGGAGGAGCGCUAG